AUGAAGCCCACCUCGGGCACCCGCAAGCCCUACACUGGGCAAUCGCGGAGUCUUGUCUUGGCGCUCGAUGUUGGGACAACGUUCAGCGGCGUUUCCUACGCAAUCCUUGAACCGGGCGAGGUGCCCAAGAUCCAUGGAGUUACGCGAUUUCCGGGGCAGGAACAUGUCGCAGGGAACUCCAAAGUACCCACAAUCAUGUACUACGAUAGCCAUGGACGAAUGAUGGCUACAGGCGCAGAAGCAGAGAGUGCGUCGACUAUUGCACAAGCAGAAGAUGAAGGAUGGAUCAAGGCCGAGCUCUUCAAGCUACGGCUGCGACCCAAGAACAUGAAACUCAAAAUGAACGGCAUGCGGUUCGCGCCGCUUCCUCCGGGAAAGACAGCAGUCGACGUCUUUGCGGACUUCCUGGCUUAUCUCUUCCGCUGCACGCGGUCAUUCAUCGUCGACACGCACGCGAAUGGCCCUGCACUAUGGCAGGCAGUCGAGCAGAACAUCGAAUUCGUACUCAGUCACCCGAAUGGCUGGGAGGGCGCGCAACAGACGAAGAUGCGUCGUGCUGCCGUGUAUGGUGGCUUGAUACCCGAUACAGAUGAGGCAAAGGCGCGGAUACGCUUUGUGACGGAGGGAGAGGCCAGUCUGCACGCGUGCGUGCUGAAUGGUCUCGCUGCGGACAACCCUUCAGGGCAUGGUUUCAUCGUUGCAGAUGCCGGUGGUGGCACCCUAGAUAUCAGCUCGUAUGCUAUUCGGGGGGCAUCACCUCUCGUCAUUGAGGAAAUCGCCCCUCCAGAUUGUGUCUUCGCCGGCUCUGUCUUCGUGAGCAGGCGGGCACGAGCCUUCUUCGAGGAGAAGCUCAAGAAUUCGAAGUACGGUACACCGGACUCCCUCGAUCACAUCACCAAGCGCUUCGACGAAACUACCAAACGGCUGUUUCGAGAUCGCAAGGAACUGCAGUUCGUACCAUUUGGCUCCCCGCUCGACAAGGAUCAGACCGUUGGCAUUCGAGGCGGGCAGUUGAAGCUGACUGGCGAUGAGGUAGCCGCGCUGUUCGAGCCGUCAAUAGAGGCUGCUAUCCAGUCAAUCAAGGCGCAGAUCGACGCGUCAGGUGGAGCUGUCAAGUCUGUAUGGCUCGUUGGGGGCUUUGCUGCAAGUCCUUGGCUCUUCAGUCAGUUGCAAGAACGCCUGGCUCCUUAUCAUAUCACUGUCAGCCGGCCAGACAGUCAGACGUCAAAGGCGGUAGCUGACGGUGCUAUAGGCUUCUACUGCGACCACCACGUUUCGGCGCGCAUGUCAAAGUUUAUGUAUGGUGUCGAGUAUCUGCGAGAGUUCGACCCGAAAGACGGGGAGCAUGUGGCGAGGAAGCACCGUUUGUUCGAGCUACCCUCAGGCCCCAAGCUAUUGCCGGACGCAUUCGACUGCAUCCUAAACAGAGGAGUGCGCGUCAAGGAGUCAACCGUUUUCAGCCGGAAGUACUGCACAGAGGUCACAAACCUGUCGACGCUAUCCGUGUUCGAAGUCGAGAUUUGGUGUUACAGAGGUGGAGGCUCUAUCCCAAAGUGGAUUCUCCGGGACGCUGAGAACUUCUCGACCCUUUGCUACGUCCGCGCAGACCUGUCUCCACUGGCGGGAAGUGCACAAUCGAAGCAGGGCAAGAACGGCAAGACCUACUGGACGAUCGUGUUCAACAUAGAGAUCCACUUCGGUUUGACCGAGUUUAGGGCGCGCAUCAAGUGGCUGGACAACGUAAGUGGGCGGGUCUCGUCGGUAUUGACUCAGCUGACCAUUAUGUGUAUUUAUAGGGGAGGACCAGAUAGUACGUAUAAAAACUUCGCUAGCGGAGAUAUUGCCUGA